GGUUGACUUUCAUGCCCCAGAAGUAAUUAUUGAAGGCGGAAGUUGACGCCGCUGCCAUUGGAGCUGGAUACAAUGGCGGGGGAUUCUUCAACUGAGCUUCUCUUUUUAGACACGUUUAAACACCAAAGCGCCGAGUUUACCAAUGUGGACGUGGUGCGCUUUCCUUGCGUGGCGCUGAUUACAGAAAUCCGAGUAAUUCCUCCCGGAAUAAAAGCCCACAGCAAUUUGCCUGACAGCAGAGCAUGCGGCGAGACGUCCCCUCACGCCUUCCAGUUGGAGCUGUUCUUCAAAAACGUUCCCAAACCCAACUGCCCCACCUUCAACAGACUUGGCAGUCUGGAGUAUGACGAGAACAAGUCGAUUGUCUUCAGGCCCAGUGGCAAGAUCAACACAGAUGGCCUGGUGCUGCGUGGCUGGUACACCACUCUGACCUUGGCCGUGUACGGGUCAGCAGAGCGUUCGCAUGGACAUGAGCAAGGGUCGCCCCCACCGCCGCCUCCCCCACCCCCUCAACAGCCAUGCGGCCCCAAAAGACUUGUAAAACAAGAGUGGGAAAAUGAUGACCAGUUCAAUGGGAGCCCCCCCAGACCUGCACCCCGAGGCCCUCGCACUCCACCGGGGCCCCCGCCCCCUGAUGAUGACGAUGAGGAGCAAGUCCAAGUUCCGGGAGCGAGCAUGGGCAUGGUCAAAGACGAGCCACGCGAGGACUACCUGGAGGCCGUGUCGCCCGAGAGGUCGCUGGCCGCGGACGAGGCGUACUCCGACGCUGAGCAAGAGGAAGCUGAGGACGAGGAGGAGGAGCAAGAGCAGGACGACGACGCGCGGACGGAGGGGAGCGCUCCGGAGGAAGAGGAAGAAGAAGAAGAUGAGGGUGAGGACGAGGAGAUGGAGGAAGGUGAUGACGGCUACGAACAGAUUUCGAGUGAUGAAGACGACCUGGAUAACGGCGCCUUCAAGCUGCCCUCCUUUGACAUGGACUACACUCCUGAGGACCUGGCAUCCGUGCCGCCGGUCCAGUUCGACCCGUACGAACGAGAACUCCGACCGCUUGUCUACUUCACCCCGCCGUACAAAACGCAUUUCGACAGCCAACUUGAAAAGCCCAGUGCGGAGAAGAGCAAAGACUCCAGUUGCCCGGAGGAAGCAGCGGGUGGAGAGACUGCCGAUGGGGCUGCGCAGGUAAAAGAGCUGCUGGGAAGCAUCGGGGAAGACAGAGAUGUCCGCUGGGUCACUGCCUUGGAAGAAGUAUCAGGACUGCUCGCCAAGGAUUCGGCUUGCCUCAUUAAACAGGCCGAGUGCACGGCCUUGGAAGAGCACGUCGGUAUUUUAGCCCGGUGGGCUCUCCAAGCACUAAGCAUGGAGAUUGCCCUCACACAACCGAUCGCCCUCAACCUCAGACAACUGAAAGCCGGUGCCAAGUUAGCGUCGUACCUCGCGGAGUGUCCGCAGGGCCUGAAGGUGCUACUGCGCGACGGGGCUCUGGAUGUGCUGUUGGAGCUUCUCCAUAGGGACCACGUCUCCUCCACGUUGAAACUGAGUCUUCUCAGGGCACUUGAUGCUCUGAUCAGUUCUCCAGUCGGGGUAGAGGCUUUCCUCAACGCUGGCAAGUCGGAGAAGAGUGGUUAUCAGCGUUUGGUGCAGCUCUUCCUGCGUGAUGAGACGGUGAGGGUCAUAACUGCCGGCAAUGCCAUCCUUCAGAAAAGUCACAUGUUUGAGAUACUGCUCGACCUUCGGCGUACAGCAGCAGCAUGGAGCGAGCCGCAGCAGGAGGAGCUUGAGGAUGUUGACAGCACCAUGGAGGAGGAGCCAGCCCUCAGUUCCUCUGCUGUGAGCGAAGCCGAGCUCGAUCGCUCGGUGGGUACCCUGGAGGAGUUGUAUCAGCUCCUGGAGACGGCCCCUCACUGCAUGGUGCAGCCCCCAGGAAAAGCCUUUCCAACUUCUGUGAGGAUUACGGGACCGCAGGAGAGGGAUGACCCGUACCCGACACUUUACAGGUACUUGCACGCCUGCCAUUUCUUGGAGAGCACCUCAGUGGUGCUUUCUGCAGCAGCGGCGGCCGGACACUUGGGCGUUAUCCAAGCCGUGAGGGAGCUCCUUCGCUUCCUGUCGCUCACGCAGUCGGGUCUGCUCUUCCUUCUCGCCCAACCCGCUCCCACCAACUUACUCUUGCGCCUCCUCGCGUCUGUGGCCGAGAACGACGCGGAGGAGUUGGCCCUCCCGGGAGGAGAGGGCGCUCUCAGCGGGCCCGGCUUUGGUGAAGAGGGCUUCGGCGUGUGGCUCAUGCAGGCCCUGCAUACUCUUCAGGGGGUCUCGGAGCUGAUGAACCACGUGACCUCAGGAGGAGACGGAGACGUGGGCUUGGAUGAAGGUGACAAUCCGGAGGUCCUGGCCAUGCUCCAUUCGCUCUAUCUCAUCACCUUCACGGCGACUGGCCGCAGUGCUGUAGUACACGUGUUGAGUUUGGACAACAACUUGUCCUGUCUUGUCACACUCUUACAGCACUACAGCAAGGAAGGACAAGGUGAAGCCAAGACUCGCAAGGCUGUGACGUAUAACUACGCAUGCAUGCUUGUCUUACUGGUGGUGCAAAGCUCAAAUGAACUGCGGAUGAUGGAGCAGUACGCUGCUCCGCUGCUCUCUGUAGCCAAGGUUGACGACGCCAAUGCCAAGUUACAGGAGCUGUGCAAAUGGCUGGAGCCUUUGGAAAAACUACGCUUUGAGAUUAGCAGCAUCUCACCGCUUCUGGACUAUGUCAAACAGAAUGUGGAAAACGUGCUGACUCCUGAUGGAACUGGAUUGGUCACCGCGCUCAGGGUGAUCUGCCACAUUGCCUGCCCCCAGCCUCUCGUUGGAGGUCAGCAAAGGGACCUGAAGUGGAGCCUUGCCUGUGUUCAGCUGUUCUCAGGCGAGGGUCUGGACACAUGCGUGCGCGUCCUGCAGAAGCUGUGCAGCGUACUGCUGCAGCCGUGGCGUUUGCACGGCAACAUGGGCCCCGUGCCGCAGCGCUGCAUGAUCCUCCACGUUUGCGUCAGCACGCUGAGGUUGUUGCGCACCAUGCUGACUGAGCUGCUCCGCGGUGGCGCGUUCCAGUUCAGGGACACUCGAGUGGCCAACGUGUUGGUCAUGCUCCACAUGAUCGUUUGUUCCAUCCCUGCAUCGGGACGACUGGAUGGGGACGAAACCAGGAUGCAGGCUCUUAUUGUCGACGUCCUGCUUACUUUUACACAGGGUGUCAAUGAAGAGGUGACGCAUACAGAGGAGACGCUGGCGAGUAACACGUGGUCACUGAUGUUGAAAGAGGUUUUGGUGUCAUUACUCAAGGCCCCUGAAGGGCUCUUCUCGGGUCUUACCCUGUUGUCCGAGCUCCUGCCGUUGCCGCUUCCCAUGCAAAGCACUCAGGUGUUGUCAGUACAAGACGUUGCGGUGGCCUUGAACACAAGGAAGCUGUGGAGCAUGCACAUACGGGCGCAAUGGAAAGUGUUCUCCGAGGCCUUGCAGUGCGUGUGCGUCACCAGCUGCGCCCCGCUCUUGGCCAUCCUCAGGAGAGUUUGUCUUCAGCUGGCUGACCUGUCUUCACCCACUGCAACGCUCAUCAUGAAGACCUUGCUGGAGUUGCUGUCGGACGAGCUGCAGCCGGCGGAGGGGAAACGUCCGUGCUGGGCCCAAGUAUUGCGUCUGCUUUCCCUGACCGACGCGCUGGCGUCACAGAGAGCUUGCAAGUGUGCCAUGCUUCACCUGCUUUCUGGGUCAGUGUCUGGAGACGAGCAACUGGCGGAUCUUUUCCCCUUGCUGCUGCCUCUGCUGGUUCCUCCCGCCACCCACUCGUUACAGCAGCAGCAUUGCAGCGAACUCAUGGGAACAAUAUUACAGUCACUGUGUGACCAGGACAUCUCUCUGGUGAUAUCUCAAGGGAGUGAAAGUUGCGUAUCGGAGGUGGAGCAGCUGGCCAACGCGCUGCCGGGGCGGGAGAUGAUGUCGUCCAUUUGCAACUCCUUGAUGGAGGUUUUGGGCAAUCGGGAAAGCAGCGCACCUCUUCUUCUCACCUGUAUCAGGACUUUAACAUUCCUCACAGAGCACGACUAUGGACUUUACCACCUCAAAGUGGCUCUGAAGAAACACAGUCCAGGUUUAUUCUCGCUUCUGAAGAGAUUAGCGCUUCCCUUCAACAAGGACUCUGCAGACCUGCUCUCAGCUUUGUUGGACUUCCUCCGACAGAUUGUCAGCACAGAGCCAGUGUGUCACGAGGAAGGCCAGGCAUCCGUCGAGGAGUUGCCAUUUGUUCCUCCUCCACGGUUGCUGAGUGCGUCUGAGAUGAAGAAUCUUCUGCAGUGGGAAAAGUCUGACUCUCAUCCUAUUCAGACGUUCGAGAAACAAAUCAAGAAACUUUGUAAGGAGGAUGAUUCACUGGAGACGCUAUUGGAGAGCGUGACGGUCCUGAGGCAAACGCUGGAGGCUGCUGCCGACGAGCCUCCUGCAGUUGACACCGAGCCCACUCUGCCGGCGCCCGAGACUCUCGCAAUUCAGUUUAAUCACAGGACUGUUUAUAUUCUUUCCGAAGCACUUGAUGAGCAACUCAAGGCUCUGUGGUUCUCUCCCUUCCAGACGGAUGACAUAGAGACUGAGCUCGACAUGGUGAAGGUGGAUCUGGUGGGUUUGGCUCAGGAAUGUUGUCCAGAACUGGACCUGAAGGCAGAACUGGAGCGCUCCUUCCUGUCCGAGCCCUCCUCGCCCGGUCACGCCAAGGCUCAAAAAGGCUUCCGGCUGGGGAGACACAAGCACGAGACCUUCAUCACAUCCAGCGGUAAAUCAGACUAUGUGGAACCUGCGAAGAGAGCGCACAUCAUGGCUGCCCCGCGCGGCCGCGGAGGUCGCGGGGGCCUGGGACAGAACUUCUGCCGACCCCACGACAUCUUCCGCCAGCGCAAACAAAACACUUCCCGUCCUCCCAGCAUGCACGUGGAUGACUUUGUGGCAGCUGAGUUUAAAGACAUUACCACCCCGAUUGGACUUUUGCCUCCUAAACGGCCCCUGAAAAGUUCCCCCAAGCUCCCCACGAGAGGACUUUUCACUGGUAACAGAGGGAGGGCCACCUUCCACAAUCAGACGCGCUUUUUUACUCCACCGCAGCCCAAAACUGUUCUCCUCUCUGGUAACUACCCUCGCAGGGAGGGCGGCCGAGGUUCGUCCUGGAGCGCUCACGGAGGAGCGCAAGUCCCUGCCGUCACUCACAGAGGAACCUACAGUGAAGCUCGCGGAGGUCAAAGCAACUUCACGCGAGGACCUCUGCCCUCACGACAACUUCCUGCAAACGCGUAUCGUCUGGCUCCUCGAGACCGAGCGCCACGCGGCCGAGGCGGAACCGGGCUGUCGUGGCUUAGCGGCGGCGGCGGCGGAGGAGGCGGCAACGUGGGAGGCGGAAGCGGCGGCGGAGGAGGAGGAGGAGGAGGAGGCAGGGGGGGCUCCCAGCUGAGCAAGUUCAGCGGCGGGGGCGGGAGCGGCGCCGGGAGGGGCCGACACGUCCGCUCCUUCACGAGGUAAACGUUGACUGAAAAGCCUCUCGCGGCUCCAAACGGACCAAUCGCGUUGUUUUAUGCCAUCGCCAUGGAAAUGUGUCCCUGGUGAUCUCGUCGUCGUCGUCCAAUGCAGAUUUUCUCUUGUUGUUUUCUUAUUAUAAAUUGUAAACUGAAAAUAAAGUUCAGAGUAUUUGA